GUCAGAGUGCAAGAAAGAGAGACAAACACAGGAGAGAAGAAAAUGAUGGAAAAAGAGAGAGAAGGAAAAAGAAAUGGUCCACCCUUCAUUGCAGACAUAUCAGUAUUACCAGAGGGAUGCAUAUCGGACAUAGUUUCACUUUCAUUGACGACUCCUAAGGAUGCUUGCAGAGUGUGUGCGGUUUCUCCUAUAUUCCGUGCGGCUGCAGAGUCCAACGCUGUCUGGGAGAGGUUCUUGCCGUCCGAUUAUCAAGCCAUCAUUGCUCGAUCAUCAUCAUCAUCGGAUUCCUUGAAUUUGUGUUCUAAGAAAAAGAUCUACCUGAGUCUCUCCGAUAAUCCCAUCCUAAUUGACGACUCUAAAAAGAGCAUUUUCUUGGACAAAUCAAGUGGUAAGAAAUCUUACCUACUUGCUGCAAGGGAGCUGUGCAUUAUAUGGAGUGGCUCUCCUCAGUAUUGGAACUGGAUUUCUCUACCUGAAGAAUCCAGGUUCCCAGAGGUAGCUGAACUUUUAGAUGUGUGUUGGCUUGAUAUCUGUGGCAAGAUGAGUACUUCCAUGCUGUCUCCGAAAACAAACUAUGCUGCUUACCUUGUGUACAAGUUGACAGAGGGAGCCUAUGGAUUUGAUCGCAUUCCUCCAACGGUUUCAGUUGGAACUACUGAAGAAGGCGAAGUUUGUAUGGAAACUGGUUUUUUGGGUCAGAUUGUAUCGCCACAGCAGCAGCAGCAGCACACUUCGCAUCCAAGUCAGAGAAAAGAUGGAUGGUUAGAGUUUAAGUUGGGUGAGUAUUUCAAUGAGGAAGGAAAAGAUUAUGAACUGCGGAUUAGACUUUUGGAGGGACAUUCUCGUCAGUGGAAGAGGGGCCUCAUUGUUGAAGGGAUCGAGAUCAGGCCAACAACCGAGUUAGUAAAAUUUAUGCUUUUAUUAGCACUAAGUGACAUUGAUGAUACACUAAAUUGCAAUUCUAUCGAACUUGAUAUUGGUCCCAAGCCAAUUGGAUGA